AUGACAACAGCUGCUUCGAAGCGAAGUGUUGCCAGUGGUGGCAUAUCAUUGCCAUUCUCACCAAAGCACAUGGGAUUGCUGGCCUCAGAGACGAUGUUGGCCUUUGUAAACUUCUCGUUACUGGUGGAAUACAUCUCAAUCAUCUGGUUCUAUCCAAUGGGCUUCAUGGGCUUCACGGGCAUGGAGGCAUUCCUCGUGAUGUGCUUCACACCCUUGUUGCUGGGAAUCCGUCCAUUGAACCAGCUACUCAGUAAUGGUCGUCUGUUGGUGGCCGUACGAUUGGUCGCACAGAUAAUGUCACUGGCAGCACUGUACCCAUACGACAUCGACCCCAACUACGCAGAGAAGAACGAUCUCGUGCUCUGGAAGAACCCACACGUCACCAAGACCGUGUUUGUCGGCUUGGGCUUCGCGUUUGAUUGGAUGUGCCAAUGCCGUCAGUUCACGAGCAACACGACGGUGCAGCGUCGCGAGCGCACGACAUUCGCCUACAUGUUGGCCAUCGUGUUCCACGCCAUCAUUCGCAUGCCCUAUCACUCGAUCAACCCAUUCAUGACCUGGAAGAGCUGGAUCGUCUUUGGCAUCAUUCUGGUGGUCGUGUCGGGCUUUGCCCUGAUCAACGAUCUGGUCUCGUCGGACGAUGCGCACGAGCGCCGCCGUCCGGUCCUCGAGGACAGCGAGUCGCCACUUACCACUGGCGUCAGCUUUGGCGGUCUGGUCUUCAUGGGCCAGCUCUUCCUCUCAUCGUACGGAGUGGUGCCACGUUGGGUCAACUUUGGACCAUUCCCAAGCGGCAUACUGGUUGUCCUGUUCAUGGUGAUUGGCAUUGUCAUUAGCAAGAAGACCGCUCUGGUGAACUCGAGAGGCUACUUCUUCUUUUCUCUGGCCAUGGCCACUCUGUACGGUUUCUGCUCGGGCACAGUACCAACUGCGAUUGGUCUGGUUGGCCUUGUAUCCGGCUGUCUAGUGGUCUGUUAUGCCAUGUCACUCUGGUACAACACAAUCGAGAAGAUGUCCAACACCUCAGCACCCCUUGCACUCUUUAGCUAUGCCUUCAUCACCUACACCGUGCUCUUAUUCUGGGCCAUCUAUGUUGUAUCAUACAAAUUCGUUCCAUGGUAUCUUGGAUCAACUCUGCUUAGAGAACGUCAUCAGACGAUGGUGAUCGCUGCAGUGAUUGCAUGUGGAAUUGGAGCGUUGAACCAAGACACGUUUCCACAUAAGAAGGAGUCACGCCAACAGACUGUUAGCUUCCCAUCACGCGAGGUAUUCUACGCAAUCUUCACACUUCUUGGUCUUUUGGUUCUGAUCUCAAUCAACAGGAAUGCAUUCCAUCCAUCACAAUCAAACGUGGCUGCUGUCCACUACGACAAGAUCACGACGGCCGAUGGCGACAUGGAGUACGUGCCACCCACAGAGAUCAAGUCCAUGAUCUGGACAAUCCACUUUGGCUACGACAACUAUGGCCGCAACAGCUUCCCCAACAUCACAGAGGCCAUCAAGAGCCAUGGUGUCAACGUCAUUGGUCUGCUCGAGUCGGAUCUCUCCAGGAUUAUGACUUCGAACCGCGACCUUGUCGAGUACGUUGCCAACGAGCUUAAAAUGCACAGCGACUUUGGCCCAGCGCCAUCUGAGAACACAUGGGGCUGUGCACUGCUGUCGGCUUUCCCAAUCGAGCGCAGUCGUCACGUAAUCCUGCCAUCGCCCGAGGGCGAGCUGGCGUGUCUGAUCGACGCAGUGAUCAAGGUGGACGACGUCGAAGUCAACGUCAUCGUCACGCACUUUGGAAACACUGAGGAUGUUCUGGACCGCAAGUUGCAGGCACAGGGCGCCGCCGACAUUAUCACCAAGAACGACAUGCCCACCGUGUUCCUGUCGUACAUCACCGAGAAGACCGGUGGUGACAACUACAAGACACUGCGCUCCACCGGACUCGAGGACACGACCACCGAGCGUCGCUACUGUGAGUACGUCUUUUACAAAGGACUGGAGAUGACCGAGUUCAAGCGUUGGCCAUGUGGAGAGAUAUCCGAUACAGAGGGUCAAUUGACCACCUUUAGGACCAAGAAGUAA